CAAAAGUAUAAACAAAGGCAACUGCUUUCAGGUGUUUUUUCGAGUGAGAAAAAAAACAUUAUUCGAGAGUAGUUAACACAACAAAAUUAGUGAAAAACAUCGAUAAUUCAUUAGUGAAUCUUUUCUCCAUUUGAGUUUGUUUUUUAAAGUGUUUUUCGUACCACAUUAUUACUUUCAAAAGUGCAGUUUUUUUUGUAAACAUUGAGACAACAUGGAGCAUAACAAUGCCGAGCAGUCCAGUUGCGAAUGCAUUUGCCCUUCCCCGCAUCAGAAAAAAAGCAGAAUGGUAUGUGUUGUUCCGGGGUGCAACCAACGUUACGCUGCUGGUAUCUCGUUCCAUACGUUUCCCGAACGGCGUGACAAAGGACGCUGGAAAGCUUGGGUUCAAGCACUUCGUUUGAAAAAAGAACCGGCUCCAACGGCAAGAGUUUGCAGCAGUCAUUUCAGCAUCCAAAAUUUUGUCAGUCCAACUGUAAGCCGUGAAACCGGUAGGAUGAUUUUAAGAAGAUCAGCUAUUCCAGAUGAAAAUCUUCCACAGCCAAAACGCGACUCGAAGCUAAUAGCACUAGCGACGGCUCGAUCUGAAAGAGUUAGACGACGGGAAAACUCAAAAGUUGUUCCAGAGUUAGAGCAGGCAGAACAGAUGGAAGCAGAUAUCGAUUCAUCUGUGCCUUCUAUUGUAACUGCUGAAGCUGCCGUUCAAGUAAAUACUUCGGAAAUGGAAAAAGUAUUCGCCGGUCGUCGCCGUACCAUGGCAGUGCAAUUUAAAACGGAUGCAGAUCUCACCGCAUGGACUGGACUGAAUUCAUUUAGUUUAUUGCUAACAAUAAAAUCUUCCAUCGAAUCUCUCGAGCAGUACGUUGAAAGAAAGCAUUCUAACCUUUCGCUGGAGGAACAAAUAUUGAUAGUGUUUAUCAAAAUAAGAACAAAUUUGUCAUUUUCAUGCAUGGCAGCGCUUUUUAAGGUUCAUUAUCAAACGAUCUCAAUCGCGUUUUAUUGGACAAUACCAUGGAUCAGGGCAGUUUGUGAACCACUAAUCUUCUGGCCAACACAGGCACAGAUAAAACAAAAUAUACCCCGAUAUUUUCGUAACCGUUACGAGGACGUGAUUGCAGUGCUUGAUUGUACCGAAAUUGCCAUCAAGAAACCUAAGUGUCUGCAUUGUCGAAUAAACGCAUAUUCUCAUUACAAAGGACGGGAAACAGCAAAUUACCUAAUUGCCGUGACGCCUGAUCGUUGCACAAGAAAAGCUACUGGAUGA